CUGGCUGUUCUUCCAGAGGUCCUGAGUUCAAUUCCCAGCAACCACAUGAUGGCUCACAACCAUCAACAAUGAGAUCUGGUGCCCUCUUCUGGCCUGCAGAUAUACAUGCAGGCCGAACACUCACUGUAUACAUAAUAAGUAAAUCUUAAAAAAAAAAAAGCAAACAAGGCACAGGACUGCAACCUCAGCCUUCGGAAGCAGAGGCAGGGGGAUGACUAGAAAUACAGAGCGCCCAGAGCUGUUGGCAAGACGCCUGUCCUUGGCCCUUUCUUACUGUACUCAGGAGCAAAACUCGAAACUGAGGCAAAGACACAAUUUUACUGAGAACGCUAACUGUGCACGCUAAGUCGGUGGAUAAAACAAUCUAAUUUUCAGACUCGUAAUAUUCAGUCUCCGUAGAGACUGUCAAAAAUUGCCAAUGCCGACUAUAUUUCAAGUCGUCAUGGCGGGGUAUUGGGAAAAGUUUUCAAUUAGCAAUAAUCGCGCCUCGGAUAAACCUCAUUGGCUACGAUACUGCCACUGCGCAAAGCUGGAGAGCGACCGGCCCCGCUCAGCUUCCCAGGGCCGGCGAUGCCCAUCACAGUCACGGUGAGCUCCCGCCCGCGCGCGACCGCCUCGUGACGGGCCCCGACCCAGCAGUUUCUCCUCCGGCGUCCGCGCGGACAGAUCCUGGCCGGUGGGCUAUCUCGCGCCCGGAGGCUCGUGAUUUACAAACAGCGCAGCCGCCGCUUGGGAUGCUGGGGCGACGCUUAUGCAAAUCGAGGCGACGUCAUGGCGAUGGCCCGGGUGGAGACUCUCAACCGCGGUGGGAGAAAGCGGCAGCACAACCGGAACCUUAACUGAGCUGACCAGGAAAGACAAACGGAAGUCAGAGGAGGACCGCGGUAGACUCGCAGGAUUGUGGGACUUGUAGUUUUCUUCAGAUUAUGUCUGCUUCGUGGACUACACUUCCCAAGAUGCACAUGUAGCGAGCCAGUCCCACGGUUGGGUGAAAAUUGUGGACGAAGGAGAAUGAGUGCAUUGACUUUCGGGUCAACAAAGGGCCGUUGGAUGAGGACCCUCAGCCGGCCGAGCUCUCGUGGCCCUACUGGGUUAUUUGUGCCGCCAAGCCCUCCUGUAGACCCUGAGAAGAUCAAAGAGUUACAACGCUUCAUUACCCUUUCCAAGAAACUUCUCGUGAUGACAGGCGCAGGAGUCUCCACGGAGUCUGGGAUCCCAGACUACAGGUCGGAAAAGGUUGGACUGUACGCCCGCACCGACCGGAGACCCAUCCAGCACGUCGAUUUCAUACGCAGUGCUCCAGUCCGCCAGCGGUACUGGGCCAGAAACUUUGUGGGCUGGCCCCAGUUCUCCUCACACCAGCCCAACCCAGCACACUGGGCUUUGAGCAGCUGGGAGAAACUUGGGAAGCUGCACUGGUUGGUGACUCAGAACGUGGACGCUCUGCACUCCAAGGCCGGGAAUCAGCGGCUGACAGAGCUCCAUGGAUGCAUGCACAGGUGCCCAAGUCUACCGGGUUUGGCCAUAAGAGGAUGUGUGUGGUUCCCCAGAGUCCUGUGCCUGAACUGUGGCGAGCAGACUCCCCGAAGGGUGCUGCAGGAACGUUUCCAAGUCCUGAACCCCAGCUGGAGCGCCGAGGCGCAGGGCGUGGCCCCUGACGGAGAUGUGUUCCUCACCGAGGAGCAGGUCCGCAGCUUUCAGGUCCCGUCCUGUGAUCGAUGCGGCGGCCCGCUGAAACCCGAUGUCGUUUUCUUUGGGGACACGGUGAACCCAGACAAGGUUGACUUCGUGCACAGGCGUGUGAAAGAGGCCGAUUCCCUGCUGGUGGUGGGAUCGUCCCUGCAGGUGUACUCCGGUUACAGGUUCAUCCUCACCGCCCGGGAGAAGAAGCUCCCAAUCGCCAUUCUGAACAUCGGACCCACGAGGUCGGAUGACCUGGCUUGCCUGAAGCUGGAUUCCCGCUGCGGAGAGUUGCUGCCUUUAAUAGACCCACAGUGACCGAGGUCUGAUGUUCCGAGGCUGGAAAUGGACUUUCCGUUGUUGAGUCCUGCUGCUGUAGGUCCCUAAGGAUUCUUCCCUUCCCUUCAAAUUAAUGGAAGCUUACCGACUGUAUCCUAUAGAGGGCAGCAGAGCAAUGUCUACAGGCCAGCCCACUGCUGCCCCCUGCUGUUUACAGACCAGCUGUCAGAGUCCUGGGGUAAAGCUGCCCUCCCCUACAAGAAAGACUUCUUCAAGAGGUAGCUGUUCUUGAUGGCACAGCUCUGUCACCUUCCCUUUCAUAUGACCUGGAAGAAGAAACAGGAAGUUCAUAAGCCAGCAUGGUCUGUGGAGGGCUGACAUUGAGAUCGCAGUAAUUCUGGGAAUAACCAGAAGGGCAUCUGUAAUUCCCUUGUAAUUCCAAGUGGUUGUGUCUGACUGGAAGCACUUUGAUAUUUUUAACAACAUGAGCAAUAGCAUAAGUUAAUUUUUUUAUUAACCAAACAAUAAAUUAUUUUUAAUAGCCA